AUGCUGAAAAUCGCAAACAAGCUGGAUAUCAAGACAGCGUUCGACGAAAAAAUCGGAUGUGGCGGUGAAAUCGAAUUCGAAAAUUGCUCCUUACAUAGUUUCUUCAACUAUUCUGAUUUCGGUUUAGAUGCGUGGAAUAAGAUAUAUAAGAAUUUGGAUUUUUCCUUGUCUUUUAUCAGUGAUCAACUGACGUGCGACUGUAACAUGGCCGAGCUGUUUUCUGGCGGCACUGCCAUUGCAAUCAUGAACAAAUUUUGGAGGCAGAUGAAAGAUUAUGUUUGUGAAAGACCAGACGAAUUAAACGGUACUAAGUUGAUUGACAUUUACAAGACAAAUUCAGAAAAACAGGAUCUCCUGAUAUGUAACAUUACAGACUCCUGUCCUAGGAAGUGUCAUUGUUUUAACCAACCUAGUCACGACCGGGUUGUUGUUGACUGUCAGGGACAGAAUCUUCAAACAAUGCCGGAAAAUCUGCCGUGGGGAAACGGGGACAGAUUGGAACUACUCCUGGCGGGAAAUAAUAUUCAACGGAUGGAAUUCAGACCCUACCUUAGUCGUGUAGCGGAACUAGACCUUUCUGGAAAUCCACUCUCACACAUCUCUGAAAUCGCAGCAUCAGUUUUUCCCGACGAUGCAAAACUGAAUGCAACAGGAAAUAAAUUGUCAUCAAUACCACGUCAUUUUCAGAACAGAAAUCCCAUUUUUCUUUCAUUAGGAGGUAUUUUUAUUACGUGUUCCUGUGAGGAUCUGUGGAUGAAAACUUGGCUUUCGUUUUAUCAUGAAGAUGAAAGUCACACCUCAUACAUAUGUCAGAACUUGGGAGGUAAAGACAUCACAGUGGCUGAUUUUACGUCAUUACAUUGUUCCCCGGACACUUCAAAACUGAACAUCAUUCUGGGAAGUCUUGCAUGUUUUCUAAUUGUUGUCAUAUUAUGUAUUAUAGGGCGUUUAUUUUUGUUUCAUGAAAUAUACAUUAUAUAUCGCCGUAGACUUCGUCGUACAGUGAGGUCGCGGGAAUUCGACUAUGAUGCAUAUAUAUCAUUUAACGACGAGGAUGACCAACAGCGGAAGUGGGUUUUGAAUAACCUGGCCAAAUAUUUGGAAACACGCGGACAUAACUUAUUCAUUCCUGUACGAGAUGCUGAACUCGCCGUCGCUAGAGACGAAUACCUCAGGAGUAGAAUACAGACGAGUAGAAAUUUUAUCGUCAUUCUAUCGGAAAAAUAUUUCAGUCAAGAUGGAGAUGGAACGGAAAUAACACAACAAACAUUCACUCAAUUUGAAUUCAACAUAAUAUGGAGACGCUACAGAACUGACAUGCGACGGAAUUUGAUCAUCAUUAACUUCGAUAACUUGUCAGCCAGCGAUAUUAAAAACCGUUGGGUGAAAGCAUGUUGUCGAGUUGGUGAAAUAGAAGAUUUUACAGAACGGCAAGGCCUUCUCAUGGAAAUCAUUGAACGGAAAAUGUCUCCGCCUUGCGGAAAGGAUAACUAA